AUGGUCGCUAGCCGUAUGCAACGUUGGGCGAUUAUUUUGUCAGCUUAUUCAUUCGACAUCGAAUAUGUAUGUACGGAGCAGAACGGCGCGGACGGUCUGUCGCGGUUACCGAUCUGCUGUAAUAAACAAAGCGAACCGACACCGCCGGAACAAACUUAUUUACAUUGCAUCCAGGAUUCGUUAUGUUUAGAUUAUAACGAAAUUAAGCGGGAAACGGCCCGGGACCCAAUACUUGCUAGGGUAUUACUGUACAUUCGCGAUGGCUGGCCUGCACAAUGCGAUAUAUCUAAUCUACAACCGUACUGGAACAGGCGGAAAGAGUUGUACGAGGAGAUGGGGUGUAUAAUGUGGGGCCGGCGGUUGGUAGUGCCGGAGCCAUGUAGGGAAAAAGUUAUCUCAAUUAUACAUGAACCACACAUGGGGAUAGUCAAAUCAAAAGCGCUCGCUCGUAGUUAUGUGUGGUGGGCUGGUAUAGACGAAGCGGUGGAGCGCGCGUGUCGGGAGUGCGCGGCGUGUGCGGCGCAGGCGGACGCACCGCCACGGCAGACACCGCGUAUGUGGCCCUGGCCCGCUAGACCCUGGACCCGUCUGCAUUUAGAUUUUUUGGGCCCCAUCGCCGGAAAAACAUUUUUGGUGGUAGUCGAUGCCACAUCGAAGUGGAUUGAAGUAUUUCACAUGUCCGGUACGUCGGCGAACUUUUUAAUCGAUCGUUUGAAUGAAUUAUUCAGCAGGUUUGGUUUCCCGAGGCAGAUCGUCACGGAUAACGGCACACAAUUCACUUCAAAAGAGUUUGAAUACUUUAAUCGGCAUAACGGGAUAGAUCAUAUCUUUACUCCUCCUUAUCACCCAUCGUCUAACGGGCUGGCUGAAAACGCAGUCAAAACGCUUAAGCGGAUCAUUAAAAAAGCUUUGUUAGAGAAGCAGGAUAUAAACCGGGCUCUGUGGUCGUUUUUGCUUUACUAUCGAAACGUAGAACACUGUACGACGGGCGAAAGCCCGGCUAUGCUCUUACUUGGGAGGCAAAUACGAACGCGCCUAGAUGCCAUCAGACCGGAUCGGGAGCGCCAAGUGCAUCGCGCUCAGCAGCGGCAGCAGGAGGCGGCCGCCGGGGCCAGCCGGAGUUUCGAUAGGGCGGAUACAAUUUGGUACAGGCAGUAUCUUAAGGGGGAGAAGUGGAUCCCGGGACAGGUUGUAGAGGUUCUAGGAAGUAGUAACUUUAAAGUAAGAGGGUCAGACGGCGGUGUUGUGCACAGGCAUAUUGAUCAGUUGCGUAGGAGACCGAGCGAGGGCAGGCAAUCGCUUGCGUGUGCCACACCGGGAAUCAGGGAGCAGCCAGUCAGCACGAACUCUCGGGACUCAGACCCCGAGGGUGCGGGGUCGGAGGUGUGCGAGUCGGAAGGGUCGGCGGGAGCGGGGGCGUCGCGAGCGGCCGAGCCGGCGUCGCAGCCACAGCCCGCUCCGGCUUCGCCGGGCGGGGCGGGACACUUGUCCUCGGCUGCCGGGCUUAGAGCCCGUCCUAUUGGGCAGUGCAGAUUAGCUAGGCCUAAGUAG